GUGAGGUUGCAAUGAUAACCCCCCUCUCAAACUUCAGUCCUGCCUUCCUUUUACGCUUACUCUUCGAUCAGCAACCGGACUUGUUGGAGCUGAGGGGGACGUAUCCGGGAGGACAAGUCGUCGACCGAUUCCUCACCCAACGGUCCUCUCUCUUUUUCUUUUUUUUUUUUAAAAAAAAAAAGGCAAGCACGGAUGAUGCGUUUUGCGCGGCGGCCGUUCAAUGAGAGCAGAGACGCGCGCGAGAAGAGAUGGGCACCGCUCCUGGACCUCCUGCUCCCCGGCCGCGGGGGAAACGUGGCCCCUGCGCCCUGCUCGUUGUGCCCGUGGUAGCGGCGUUGGUGCAGCUCUGCGCCGCGUUCAACUUGGACACGGGGACGCGCGUCGUCUUCGCCGGACCGCGGGGAAGUCAUUUCGGCUACUCGGUGGAGUUCUUCGGGGACUCGUCCGGUGUCAGUAUUCUGAUUGGUGCUCCGAAAGCCAACACCAGCCAGCCCGACAUCACUGAAGGAGGAGCUGUGUACUCGUGUCCCUGGAGCCAAACUAACUGCAGCAUUAUCAACUUUGACAAGCAAGGUGAUCGAUAUUUUUAUGUUAAUGACGUGAACACUCAGGUCGAGUUCAAGUCCCAUCAGUGGUUUGGAGCUACUGUGCGUUCCCAUGGCAACAGCAUCCUGGCUUGUGCUCCCAGGUAUUACUGGAGGACUGAACACGACACCCCCUUCGCCGAUGUUACAGGAACCUGCUACCUCUCUGUAGACAGCCUUAAAACUUUUGUGGAGUACGCCCCCUGCCGAACAGAAAGGCAUGGACCUGCUGGGCAGGGGUAUUGUCAGGGGGGAUUCAGUGCUGACUUCACAAAGGAUGGGAGGGUUGUGCUUGGAGGACCAGGCAGCUUUUACUGGCAAGGUCAGCUGAUCUCAGCCACCACUGAAGAGAUUGUUAAGGCCUACUACCCCUCUUAUUUUCUGCUGUCAGUUGCCGGGCAGAUUCAGACCCAACAGGUGCAGGGGAGCUAUGAUGACAGUUACCUAGGUUACUCUGUGGCGGGUGGCGAGUUCAGUGGGGAUGAAGAGGAAGAUUUCAUUACGGGAGUUCCAAAAGGACUCAUGCUGUAUGGUUUAGUGUCCAUAUUAAAUGGAAGGAAUCUGACGUCUCUGCUCAACUUGACAGGGGAGCAGAUGGGGUCCUACUUUGGCUAUGCAGUGGCAGCCACCGACAUCAACAACGACGGUCUGGAUGACCUGGUGGUGGGCGCUCCGAUGUUCAUGCGUCGAGGGUCCAAUGGACGUCUGGAGGAGCUGGGCAAGGUGUACGUGUACCUGCAGAGAGGCCCUUCGCUGCUGGAGCCCAGUCAGUGGCACCUCCUCGGCCCACAGGCCUUCAGCCGGUUUGGCACCUCACUGGCUCCGCUGGGUGAUCUCAACCAAGAUGGAUUCAAUGACAUGGCCAUUGGCUGCCCAUAUGGAGGAGACGACCAGCAGGGAUUGGUUCUCAUUUAUAACGGUCACGCUGGAGGACUGAUGGACAUGCCCACUCAGACUCUCUCUGGACAAUGGGCUUCCAGCUCUUUUCCGUCCAAUUUUGGCUUUGCUCUGCGCGGCAACAGAGACGUGGAUCAAAACGGCUACCCAGAUCUGAUUGUUGGUGCUUUUGGGGUAGACAAAGCAGUGCUUUACCGGGCUCAGCCAAUAGUGAGUGCCAGCGCAUCUCUCACUGUGCAGCCGACCAUGUUCAACCAGGAAGAGAAGACCUGCACCAUAAAUGAAACCACUGAUGUGUCUUGUGUCAGCAUCACUUUCUGCCUGCUGGCUAAUGGGAAGCACCUCCCCUCUCAUUUAGGCUUUGUGGUGGAGGUUCAGUUGGACAGUAUGAAGCAAAACCAGAAAGAAUCCACAAGGAGGACACUGUUCCUGGACAGUCAGCAACCCAGUCUGGUGAAGACCUUCAGCCUCACCAACGGAGAACGCUCGUGCCACGACACCAUGAUCUAUCUACGGGGUGAAGAGGAGUUUCGGGAUAAACUCUCCCCCAUUUACAUCAGUCUCAACUUCAGCCUGGAUCCUCAAGCCACAGUGGCCCAGCAUGGUCUCAGACCAAUCCUGAAUUAUCAGACAGAGCAGCUUAUAGAGCAGAAGGCCCAGAUUCAACUUGAUUGCGGAGAGGACAACAUCUGUGUCCCUGACCUCAAACUGGCUGCUAUUGGUGACAGAACAGAGGUUUACCUGGGCGAUGAAAACUCCUUGAGCCUGAUUUUCAAUGCCAGGAACGAGGGAGAGGGAGGGGCGUACGAGGCUGAGCUCUACGUGGUUCUUCCCCAAGAGGCCGACUACAGCGGGAUAGCUCGCAACAAUGUGAGCUUGACCCAGCUGACGUGUAGCUACGAGGCAGAAAACCAGACCCGCUAUCUUGUGUGUGAUCUUGGAAACCCCAUGAAGCCUGGUAGCAGUAUAUGGGCCGGCCUUCGGUUCACUGUGCCCAGACUGAAGGACACUCACAAUACGGUACAAUUCGAGCUCCAAAUACGAAGUAAAAAUGCAAAUAACUCUGAGAGUGAGGUGGUGCUGUAUGAGCUGGAGGUGGCUGCCAUGGCCGAUGUCAUUCUGCAGGGUGUUUCCCUGCCAGACAAAGUCAUCUUUCCUCCUCCCAAUUGGACAGUUCGUCAGAGUCUGAGGGAAGAGCAGGACAUCGGCCCUGAGCUUCAGCAGGUCUAUGAGUUGGUGAAUAAUGGACCCAGUGUAGUGAGCCAGUCAACAUUGGAGGUGAGAUGUCCUCUGAGGGCUCCUGGCCUCGCGCUGCUCUACCCUGUGGAGGUGUUGACCGAGGGGCCGCUUAGCUGCUCCUCCAAGACGAACUUUAAUGCGCUGAAACUAAAGCUCCAGCCUCCAGCGGCAGAUGGUCCCAUGUCACUGAAAUCCAACACUGAGCACCGCAUCAAGAGGAGGGAGCUGUACAGUGAUCCUCUGGCUGAACAAGGAAACCUGACCUGCUCUACAGUGGACUGCUGGCAGCUGCAGUGUAACGCUGGGCUGCUGGAGAGAGGAGCCAGUGUCAUCCUGACCGUUCGCUCCAGACUCUGGGCUGAAACUUUCAUCGAGAGGCCCUACAAGCAGUACGUUCUGGAGUGCUCUGUUCAGUACAAAGUGGACAGGAUGCCUUAUUCAAUUCCUCCAAAAUUCAAGUCACUGGGAUCCCAAAAGGUGGUGACGGCCGUGAUGUGGAACAAGCUGGACAGUCCGUUUCCUGUUCCAGUGUGGAUCAUCAUCCUGGCUAUUCUGGCUGGGCUGCUGUUACUCUCCCUGCUCAUAUAUCUACUGUACAAGAUGGGCUUCUUUAAAAGGUCAGAUCCGUACGGUACGACCAUGGAGAAGGCCCAGCUCAAACCCCAGGCGUCUUCUGAAGCUUAGAUCCAAGAUGGAGCCUCCCCUGCAGAUGUUCCAAGGAACUGGAAUGAUCAUCGCAUUCCCAAACACAGAGCGAUAAGCAGGCAACCCAAUUAUAGAGGGACAAUUAUGGGUGCUGUAUCACUGGAAUACAAAUUGUCUGGUGCUGCACUAAAAUGCCAAAGCAGGAAGGACUACAAGGGCCAUGCAGUUCCAUAUACACUGCUCCUAUGGGCGUGCAAUGAGAGCAUGAUUUAUAAAGCUUCUGUCGAAAAAGAAAACAGCAAGGACUUCCUCCUCAGAAGCUCGUCCCUGUGGAAAAAUGUAACUUUGGAAAAUACUCCUCCUCAGAAUAUUUGCAAUACAGGAAACAAAUGCACCUCCAACAAAGGCACUAAUGCUACAGUAUUUCUUUAUUCCUUAAAAAGUGUAUUGGAAGCCACAUUUGCAAUCCCAGUGUUAAAUAUCUUUUGAAAUUCCUCCUUUGGUAUGAACUACACACCACUUGUUAUUUAUGGCACAGUAUUUUCCAAUUGAUUGUUGAGUGUUGUACUGUACUGUCUGCGUGACAAUCCUGGUGAAACUGCAAUGUUUAACUUGAAUCAUUCUUCUCCCAUAUUGGGGGGUAUUUUAUGUGUGUGUUGUAAUGUAAUGUAUUAAUUUUGUUAAGUGCUGUUGUGGCUCAGAAUAAAUCCUAAUUUUGUAUACCCAUCCAAAACACCUUGCUACUCUGGGGAGUGGAACAGGGCAUCGCUUCAUAAAGACAAACUGACCACAGUGAGAUGUAGAUAACGAACCGCAGAGAUAUGUUAUUAUCUCAAGUCUUGAGACUGUUUCCACAAAGUUUUUCAGUGGCUCAUUGCUUCCCUCUGCAGGAGGCAUAUGUUAAUACACCUAAACAUCUGAUGCCUUUCAGUGACUUCAGAUGUUGUGUAAAGUAUAUGACCAUGAUUGUAAUUGAAAAAUAUAUGCAGUUGAAUCAGAAAGACGGAGACCGCAGAUGUCUUAAUCAGAAAUAUUUAUUACAGGAACUCAAUAUUAAGGGGUUUUCUGGUUCGUACAAAGUGUCAGUGCACGAUGUCCCAAAAACCCUCCAUAUCCCGGUCAGCAUUGUGUAUGUAACUCUCAGAAUCACGUCAUCAUUAAACACAUGGAAUAGCUCCUUAGAAUCAGGAUGUUUAGACUAUAAUCUAAGACUAUGACUUCCAGGGACAGUGACCUGACCUGCUUUUGAUAAGAUUACCUUGCACAGUGCACCAAGCACAGCCUAUCAUACUGGAGAGGAGAAAAUUGUACAACAGUUCCUCCCUUUUGUUGACUUGGUCAACACACAAACAAUAGUAAAGAUGAGGACCGGGACAGGUGUCAGUCUUGGAGCACGAAACCCUAGAAAGCACAUGAAGCAUCUAGUCUCCAGGACAGCACCCCGAAGGUGUGAAUGCCCUUCUGACCAGAGGCAGGCAUCAAGAGGGGAAUCACAUCAAACCUCUUCGCAGGUGUGCUUAGUAAAAUGACUGUGACCGCCUAUUAAACUUAGUUUUUUCCUUUUUGUAUAAAAAGUAUACAUCAGAUACAAGGAUACAAUGAAACAUCAACAGAAAACAGGUGGCAUACAAAAAUCGAAUCAAUUAUCAACGUUGUCAAUUCAACCGAAUGUGAACUCUCCACCGUCGUCAAGCGCUUUGCUCAUUGUGGGAUCUGGUGGGUUUUCCCUGUAAUAUUUUGGCCUCACUAUGUAAAGUGCCUUGAGACAAUCUAUGUUGUGGUAUGGCGCUAUACAAAUAAAACUGAAUUGAACUGAA